AUGAUGAAUUCAUCUUCAAGUUUAUCAAUAUUAAAUUCAUACUAUGAUACAAUAGUAGAAGAUCUUAUUUUGAGUUAUUCAUCAGAAACAUCAAAGAAUGUUUAUCUUGAAAAAGUUCUUUCACAUUUUAAAACAGCUGUCAGUUAUAAUAUUAGUGAUGGAAAAAAAAUUCGUGGUACAACUGUUAUUGAUACUGUUCGUGCUAUAUCAUCAGAAUCUGUUGAUGAAUCAUUAUUAAAACAAGCAGCUAUACUUGGUUGGUGUAUUGAAUUAAUGCAAGGAUCAUUUCUUAUUGCUGAUGAUCUUAUGGAUCAUUCAUUAACACGACGUGGAAAACCUUGUUGGUAUUUAAAAGUUAAAGAAAAAGAAUCAUCUGUAAAUGAUUCAUUCUAUUUAUAUUCCUGUACAUUUACAUUAUUAAAUAAAUAUUUUCCAACAAAUAUUAAAUUAUAUCAUUUAUUUAAUGAAGUUUUUCAACGAACUGUUAUUGGACAAGGUCUUGAUUUAGAAACUCCAUCUUAUUUACCAUCGAUUGAUCUUUAUACAGAAGAACAUUAUUAUACUGUUGUUACAUGGAAAACAGCUUAUUAUACAAUUCUUUUACCAAUUUUUUGUGGUAUAUUAAUAACUCCAUCAUCAUUUCUUGUUGAUCAUUCUGAACUAAAAUCAAUUGCAAUUGAUAUUGGUAUUUAUUUUCAAGUACAAGAUGAUUAUCUUGAUUGUUAUGGUGAUAUUAAUCGAACAGGAAAAAUUGGUACUGAUAUUCAAGAACGUAAAUGUUCAUGGCUUAUUGUUCAAGCUAUUAAAUUAUUAAAAAAUAACGAUGUUAAACGAGAAACUCUUUGUAAUAAUUAUGGUUAUGAUGAUCAAAAUAAAAUUCAAUGUGUUAAAGAUAUUUAUGAAGAAUUAAAUUUAAAACAAAUAUAUCAACAAUAUGAAGAAAAAACAUAUGAAAAUAUUUCAAAACGUAUUAAUGAAGCUAAUUUUAAUUCAAAACAACUUGAACAAUUAUUAAAACAAAUUUUAGAUAGUAUUCAUUCGAGAAGUAAAUGA